AUGCUCGCAAAGCCCGACAUAUCUCUAUUCUGCUACUUAUAUCCCGGGUCCCCGGAAAAGCAGAAAAGGAUCAUCCACCUCCUCGAGACCUGCUACGACUACCGCGACCCCGCCUCGGAAACCAAAACAUGGUGUUACUUCACUCGGGCCACUCGACCCGGGGCGAGGAACCAGAUCGUAGAUGCGCUUGAAUGCGCGCACCCCGAACACGUAAUCGCCGGGUUCGAAGUCUACGCUUGCAAGCCGGCUCUGUCUCGUCAACUGAAUCAUCCCGAGUUCAAGCGUUACCACAGGACGGCCACCGACGAAGGGCUAUACGCACAGCCCGAAGAUAUGCAUGCUUGGUAUCCCACGGUCGGGUUCCUAGCACGAGGCGCGGUCGCAGGUCCGGGGGCAGUCGUUAUUACAGGAUUGAUCACUGUGAAAGAAGAUGACGCCGCGAAAGAUAGCGCCCUUGUAAUUUUGCGAUCUUUUUCAGAAUGGGUGGAACGAGAAGAGCCGGGGUGUUUGACGUAUUGCGUCUUCACUCGGCCCAAAGCCCCUGGGGAGAUCCUCCUCUUUGAGAGGUACGCGGAUGUAGCGUCUGUCGAAGCGCACAUGCGCUCCAGCAAAUUCGCUAUAGUUAUGAAAACCUUGAGACCACUCACAAAGUCAAUGGCCAUGAACGAGUGGGCCGAGCUGCCGACCUCCUUUACGGGCAAUGUUGUUGGAGGAGGUGAGACGGGUUCACCACGGUUGUAG